AUGGCGCUCGAAAAUAUGAAAAUGUUCAUUUUGAUCGCUGCUCUCUUCCUAUUCGGAGCCCUUUGCCAAGACAAUGCCCCGGCAUUUAAUGCAGCUUCUCAAAUCAGAUUUACGUGUAUUCCACAGUGUCAUCCUACUCACAUAUGCGUCUUGGGAGUAUGUAUCUGAAUUUUGAAUAAAUGUUGUUAU